AUGGAGGCUUGCGUUUUGAGAUUGCUCUACUGCAGUGGCCCAUCAGGGAUCAUGAGAGCAGCGGCGGUGCCGUUCUGGAGAGCAGCGGCGGUGCCGUUCUGGAGAGCAGCGGCGGUGCCGUUCUGGAGAGCAGCGGCGGUGCCGUUCUGGAGAGCAGCGGCGGUACCGUUCUGGAGAGCAGCGGCGGUGCCGUUCUGGAGAGCAGCGGGGAUGACGUACAUAUCUUACUCGAACAUCUGCGCGAAUCAGGUGAGGAAUUGCCUCAAGGAGCCAUUCAAAUCCGAAGCCCUCACUCACGAGAAGGUCCAUUUCUCCAUUUCCAAAUGGGAUAAUGGCGUUCCCCAGAAGCCCAGUAUCCAAGAAAUAUGGCAAAAAAAAAAGAAGAUGAUGAAGAAUUAGAGACCCUCCUACGAAG